GUGAAAGCUGUCAGUGCGCGUCCCCUCGGCCGCUGGUCAUGUGCAGGAUGACGCGCUGCUCAUAGGCUGAUACGCUUCGCUCGCGUUGAGCGUUGGUAAAGGUGUGGGUUCAUUUGAUGACCCUUCGCGGCUCAGCAUCAUCAUCAUCAUCACACGGGCUGUUGCUUCCUCCUGAGAGACCGUCGACACUCUCGCAGCCUGCACACUACAACCGCGCAAUCUGGUAAUGCCACUCAGUCAUUGGCGGGCUCAGAUAUGCUAUAACGCGCGGUUGUUCGGGAUACUACGGAAUUACAGCCGCAACAAAUGAUGAUGUGACAGGCGUCCGGUAGAUAAUAAAAGCUCGCGGUGCAGUGGACGCGGCAUUUCUGCUAACGAAGCAAAGCCUCAGACGAGCCUUUUCCAGAUGAACAGAUACAGUAGUGUUCACUACUGACUGACCGACAGCAGUCAUUCGGAAUAAUACCUGCACCUCGCUUUACCAACAUUCAAGGAGAAAAAACAGGUUUUAAGAAAUUGUACUGUCGAGUGCCUGCAACCCAUGAGCCGAGUGUUAGGAGAAACCACAGUUCAAUCUCUCCAUGUCCUGUCGUCCUCUCUGCUCUCUUCUAAUGGUUUGAUGGAGAUCUGGUCGGAUGACAGCUGGAACUGUUGUCAUAACCGGAGGAAUUCUCGCAACAGUGAUACUCCUAUGUAUCAUUGCAGUGCUUUGUUACUGUAGACUCCAGUAUUACUGCUGUAAGAGGAAUGAGUCAGAAGGGGAGGCGGGUUCGGUCGGAGAUCCUCAACCACAGUUCGCCUGUAACGCAUACAGUGCUCCGGGAGUGGACGGGGCGGCCGUUACACCUCUGUCCCUACCUUACGACCCCGCUCAGCCACACAGCUACUGCCCCACAUGCUCACCCUACUACCUCCGCAGCUCGGAUGAGAUGCGAAACGGCGGCGAGCGUCUGUCUUACAUGCCCACUCACUAUGAGAACCACGGCGCUACUGCCCUUGGUCUGGCCGCUAUGUACGGCCCCGUGCUGAGCCAUCGCAGUACACCCGACUUUUACACCAAUACACGAGCCAUCAGCACUGACGUCUGAUCCUCUCAGACCAGGAGAUGGACCCCGGGGACAGAGCUUCUUCUGUGGACAAGAGCACUUGAGGCCGUGCCAUCUCCAUAAGCCAAGACCUACAGGAUGGCAUGUUAUUUUUACAGUACACACGGGUCUACGGCCAGUCUUCCAUCAUCUUUUUUUAUUUACAGUACCUACUGU